AUGAAAGGUGGUCCAAGUCAGAAAAAUAGUGACAAGAAGCGGCCUAACCAGUGGAGUUUCAAUAACAACAACAACAAGAGAGGAAAGGAGCAGUCCCAAGAAAAGCCAGGAUUUCCUCAAUGCCCCAAAUGUAACAGAUAUCAUCCUGGUGAAUGUCGGGUUGGUACUAACACUUGCUACAUAUGCGGGAAGCCGGGACACUUUGCAAAGGAAUGUUCCAACCGUAAUGAAAAGUAUAAAGGAGGAGAAGAAAAGAAAACAAACGCCAGAGUCUUUGCCCUGACUCGAGAAGAAGCGGAAGCAAGUCCAUCCACAGUAAUCUCAGGUCAGCUCCUUUUCAAUAAUGUCCCUGCAUCAGUAUUAGUUGAUUCUGGAGCUACACACUCAUUCGCAUCAAUGCAUUUAGUUGGUAGACUAAAUGGAUUACCUGUUGAGAUGGAUACAAUUUUUAGUGUAGCACUACCCUCCGGGGAAGUGCUAUACUCAACUCAUUGGUAUAAGACUAUACCAAUUACAAUCAAUGACAGGGAACUAUAUGUUAACCUGAUCAUUAUCGACAUGAAGGACUAUGACGUCAUUUUAGGAAUGGAUUUCCUAACAACGUAUAAUGCUAGAAUCGACUGUAGUAAGAAAGAAGUCGUUUUUGCACCGGUUGGAGAAGAAGAAGUUCAUUUUCAAAGGAAAGAGAAGCGAACCCCUUCACCGAUGAUUUCUGCAGCAAAGGCCAGGAAAUUAUUAGCAAACGGAUGCACCGGAUAUCUAGCAAUGAUUUGUGACGCCUCGAAGGAGAAGCUUGCGCGACCUGAAGAUGUUCAUAUUGUACGCGAAUUCAUGGAAGUAUUUCCAGAAGAUUUUCCUGGAAUUCCUCCCGAUCGUGAAAUUGAGUUUGAGAUCGAGUUGUUACCUGGUACAACUCCGAUUUCAAAGGCCCCUUACCGCAUGGCACCUACCGAACUGAAGGAACUAAAGACUCAACUGGAGGAACUUUUGGAAAAGAAGUUUAUAAGACCCAGUCAUUCACCGUGGGGAGCCCCAUAUGUAAGAAACCGUGCAUGUCCAGAAGGUUCAAUUGCAGAAGCUUAA